GACCAAGAUGUAAAUACCUUGUCAGUAAAAAGGAGCACGAACGAUCAAGGAAGAAGAGAGCGGCGGAGGAAAAAUGGCGUCGAACGCAGCAGCACCAUUCUGGAGGUCAGCGGGGAUGACUUACAUAACAUACUCAAACCUGUGCGCUAAUCUGGUUAGGAACUGCCUUAAGGAGCCUUACAAGUCCGAAGCCUUGACCCGUGAGAAGGUCCAUUACUCCGUCUCCAAAUGGGUCGAUGGCAAACCUCAAAAACCCACCAUCCGUUCAGAUACUCCUGAAGAAUGAGACCGAGGGUGGAUCUUGGGCUUUGUUUCUUAUAUUAUAUAAUUUUUUUGUACUGCCAUGGCCUUGAAACCAUGUAGUGCUCGUCUCCUGGAGCUUGCAUUAACUAUUAAUCUUCUAAUAACAUAGCGCCUAGAAUUUCGUCCUACGCUUGCUGGAUGAAAAUUGGCAAGUGAUUCCGUUGAUUAGCAAUAAUUUAUGGCUACUAUACUGUGUUAAAAGCCUCUGUCAGAUUUAGAAAUUUUGAGCCUUUGUCGAGCAUGGCAAGUGGUGGUUUUUUCUUUUCACUGAAGUGACUGGCUUAAACUCAUAUCACAUUGCCUAGGCUAAUGCAAAAUGAAGCAUGAUUAUUCUUCU